AUGUCAUUAUCUGCAUUAUUAAAUAAUGAUGAUCAGGAUAUUGUUCCACAAAUAUUAUCAUCUCAAGAGAAACAAAUUGAAGAUAUUAACAAUAAUAAUACAAAAAAUUCAGAUGAAACAAUGACUGUAAUUGCUCCAAAUGUGAAAAUUGAUCCAAAACAACAAUUUCUCGAUGAAUUAAAUGAACAGUUUACUAAAAUACAAGAAAGAGAUAUUAUUGAAUUAGAAUAUCAAGACUGGAAAUUUCUUAAUUUUCAAGAAUUUGAACUUAUUUCAGAAUGGAAUUAUCAAUCAAAAGUUGAUUGGAAUAUUCAUGAUACUUAUAAUAAUUUUUCAUUUAAACAAUUAUAUGAUUUAAUAUCUGAAAAUAAAAUUGAAUGGAAAGAUUAUAUGAAUUAUAAAAAUAGUCGUGCUCAAAUGAUAAAAGAUGUUGUUGAUAAGGUUAAAAUUACAAAACAAAAUAUUAGAAGAACUCAAAUUAAUAAUAAAAGAUCAAAAUUAUCCAAUGGUUCAACACCAACUACAACAACAUUAAAUGGGAAUAGGAAAGUUAGAAGAUUUAUUGCAUCAACACCUGUCAAAAUAUUACCAGCUAAUGGUAAAGAUGGUAGAAUAAUUAAAGUUGAAACUUUUAAAAAUGAUCGUAUUUCAGAUGGAGUAAAUAAUGUAGAUUCUAGUAUGAUAGUAUCUGGUACAGAUGGCGAAGAUGAAGAUCGAUACUCUCAUAUUAAUGAUAGUAGUAUUAUUGAUCAAAAUGAAGAAGAUGAAGAUGAAGAUGCAGAAGGUGAUGAUGAAAACGAGGAUAUAUUACAUUCUAGGCUCAUGGAACAAAUUAAUGAAGAUAAUGGAGAAACUAGUGAUAAAGAUUUUGAUCCAGAUGCUAAUAAGAAAAAUGUUAAAUCAGAACAUCGUUCAUCGAAUAAUAAAAUUAUUACAUUAGAUAGCGAUAGAUCUAAAAUUGUACGUGAAUUGACAAGAAUGUGUAAUAAGAAUAAGAUACCAAGAGUUAAGAAAAGAAGAUUUACCAAUGCCCUUGUUGUGGAAUAUAAACCUGCUAAAAAAAUAUUAGAAGUUAAGAUCACUUUAAAACAAUAUCAUUCAAAGAGAUUAAAGCGUUUAGUUAACGAAACAAAACGUCUAAGAGAAAAAGAAGCAGAAAUGAAGAGAAAAGCAGCUGACAUGAAGGCUAGAGCAUUAGCCAAACAAGCAGAUGGUAAUAAUGGUCAAGGUAGAAAGAGACGGAAGUUAAAUGAUUCUUCUGUUAAAGGUGAAAACGACGAUGAAGAAUCUGGCAUUGAAGGUUCAACAGAUAAACCUCCUGUAGUUGAUCAUGGUCUACCAACUUACGGUAUGACUAUGUCUGCCAAGGAAGCCAGAGCUAUUCAACGUCAUUAUGAUAACACCUACAUCACUAUAUGGAAGGAUUUAGCAAGAAAGGAUUCCAAUAAGAUGGUUAGGAUGUUACAACAAAUGCAAUCUAUAAAAGCUACAAAUUUUAAGAAGACAUCCUCACUAUGUGCAAGGGAAGCAAGAAAAUGGCAAUCUAGAAAUUUCAAACAAUUAAAAGAUUUUCAAACGAGGGCUAGAAGAGGUAUAAGGGAAAUGUCGAACUUCUGGAAGAAGAAUGAACGUGAUGAACGUGAAAUUAAGAAGAAACAAGAAAAGAUAGCUCUGGAACAAGCAAAGAAGGAGGAAGAUGCCAGAGAGUCAAAGAGACAAGCCAAAAAAUUGAAUUUCUUACUUACACAGACAGAGUUAUACUCACAUUUCAUUGGAAGAAAGAUUAAAACAGAUGAAUAUGAAGGUAAAGAAAACGGGGGAGAAAGCACCAAUGAUGUUGAUCUUGAACAGACUGAUUCAUCAAAGAAAAAUGAUUUCCAUGAGAUAGAUUUUGAUAACGAAAACGAUGAAGAUCUAAGACUUAAGGCUGCUGAAAAUGCUUCCAACGUUUUGGCAGAAACAAGAGCAAAAGCCAAACAAUUCGAUACACAAUCGCACGCUGAUGAGGAAGAUGAGGAUGAGCUUAACUUCCAGAAUCCAACAUCUCUUGGUGAAAUUACUAUCGAGCAACCAAAUUUGUUAUCGUGUACGUUAAAAGAAUAUCAAUUAAAGGGUUUGAAUUGGUUGGCUAAUCUAUAUGAUCAAGGUAUUAAUGGUAUCUUAGCAGAUGAAAUGGGUCUAGGUAAGACCGUCCAAUCCAUAUCGGUUCUUGCUCACCUUGCAGAACGUUAUAACAUUUGGGGUCCUUUCCUAGUUGUGACACCAGCAUCGACUUUACACAAUUGGGUUAAUGAGAUUGCCAAAUUUGUUCCAGAUUUUAAAAUAUUACCAUAUUGGGGUAACGCUAAUGACCGUAAAAUUCUGAGAAAGUUUUGGGAUAGGAAAAACGUAAGAUAUGGGAAAGAUGCGCCAUUCCAUGUAAUGAUCACUUCAUACCAGAUGGUUGUUUCAGAUGUCUCAUACUUACAGAAGAUGAAGUGGCAAUACAUGAUACUGGAUGAAGCACAAGCUAUUAAAUCCUCACAGUCUUCUAGGUGGAAAAACUUGUUAAGUUUCCACUGUCGUAAUAGACUAUUAUUAACGGGUACUCCUAUCCAAAAUAAUAUGCAAGAGUUAUGGGCUUUGUUACAUUUCAUCAUGCCAUCUCUAUUCGACUCUCAUGAUGAAUUUAGUGAAUGGUUUGCUAAGGAUAUUGAAUCUCAUGCAGAAUCCAACACUCAAUUAAACCAACAACAGUUAAGACGUUUACAUAUGAUUCUAAAACCAUUUAUGUUGAGACGUAUUAAGAAAAAUGUUCAAUCAGAACUGGGGGAUAAGAUUGAAAUAGAUGUCCUGUGUGAUUUGACACAAAGACAAGCCAAGUUAUACAAUGUAUUGAGAUCGCAAUUUUCCGGCGGUUAUGAUGCAAUUGAAAAUGCAGCCGGUAAUGAUGAAUUCAAGGGUGAUCAAAAUCUUAUUAAUACAGUUAUGCAAUUUAGAAAAGUCUGUAACCACCCUGAUCUUUUCGAGAGAGCAGAUAUUGAGUCACCUUUCUCAUUCGUUACCUUUGGUAAGUCUAGUUCUAUGUUGAAAUUUGGUGGAAACAAUGGUACUAAUACUAUCACCAAUAGUGUAAAUAAUAGUAGUGCUAACAUUGCUGGCAUCAAUACAGAAACCAAUGCAACACCUCUCGGCUCAAUUAACGCUAACAAUUACACUAAUUGGGUUGAUCUUAAUUAUUCUUCACGUAACCCCAUUGCAUAUAAUCUACCAAGAUUAGUUUAUGAAGACAUAAUAUUACCAAAUUACCAGAAUAAUGUGGGUUCUAUGAAGAAACUUCAUGAAUGUACCUUUAAUGUUCUCAACCCAACUCAAAAUAGAGAAUUAUGUGAAUUUUUGGAAAGACUAACUGGUUGUUCUAUGAAUGAAUUAACCUUCUCGUCGAAUACUGACAUUCUAAAACAAGCAAUUAACUUAAAUUUCAAUAAUAUUGAACGUACUAAGGACAAUUUUAUUUCAAGUCUGUUAUUAAACAGCAAUACAGAACGUUUAGUCGCACUAUCAAAUCGUACAACAGGAGGUAUUCUAGACUCAUUAAUGAACGUCAGAGAAAACCUCUAUUUUAGAGAAUACAUGAAUACAUUUCAUAGAGCAUAUCAUCCAGCAGUAGCAUCUCCACCUGUAAAUAUAAGAGUUCUAGGUUCAAGUAAUUUUACAAAUAGAAUUGAACGUGAGUUGUUUGAUCCUGUCGUAUCACAGGCAUUGUCUGAUAUACCUACAACCACUCAAUACAAUAUGUUAAUCCAUAAACAUAUACCAGUGCAUAAAUUCCCAAAGACAAACAUGUAUCCAAAAGCAUUAAACAGUACAUUCUCUUCAAAUAUUUCCAUGCCAUCUAUGGAUAGAUUUAUCACAGAAUCUGCCAAGUUGAAAAAGUUAGAUCAAUUGUUAGUUAAGUUAAAAGAAGAGGGUCAUAGAGUGUUGGUUUAUUUCCAAAUGACCAAGAUGAUGGAUCUAAUGGAAGAAUAUUUAACAUACAGACAAUACACUCACAUUAGGUUGGAUGGUUCAUCUAAGUUGGAAGACCGUCGUGAUUUGGUACAUGAUUGGCAAACCAAACCUGAAAUUUUUGUUUUCUUGUUAAGUACAAGGGCUGGUGGUUUGGGUAUCAAUUUGACAGCUGCAGAUACCGUUAUAUUUUAUGAUUCUGAUUGGAAUCCAACGAUCGAUUCCCAAGCUAUGGACAGAGCACAUAGAUUAGGUCAAACCAGACAGGUUACCGUUUAUAGGUUACUGGUCAAGGACACUAUUGAAGAGAGAAUGAGAGAUAGAGCCAAACAAAAGGAGCAGGUCCAACAAGUUGUUAUGGAAGGUAAAACUCAAGAGCACAAUGUUAAGACCAUUGAAGCCUCAGAUAAAGUUGUAACGUAA